CAAGUGGAUUGGUCGCCAUGACAACAGUAAAGAUAUCAUGGCUGCGCCUGGACAGAAAGCGGUUUUGAUCACGGGCUGUUCUUCAGGAAUCGGGCUGUGGAUCUCUACGGUGCUCGCUAAAGAUGAACAACAGAGAUAUUAUGUGAUAGCUACAAUGAGGGACUUGAAGAAGAAAGACACUCUGUUGGAGGUUGUGGGCGAUGCGUACGGCAAAACUCUCUCUGUCCUCACACUGGAUGUGUGUAGUGAUGAGUCUGUCUCAGCGUGCAUCAACAGCAUUAAAGAAAGACACAUUGACAUUCUGAUUAAUAAUGCAGGUGUGAGUCUGGUCAGCCCAGUGGAGUGUGUAUCCAUGGAGGAGGUGAGGAGUGUGUUUGAAACAAACGUGUUCGGAGUGAUCAGGAUGAUUAAAGCCGUCGUUCAGGACAUGAAGAAACACCGAGCAGGACACAUCAUCACCAUCAGCAGCACCAUGGGUCUGCAAGGUGUGGCAUUUAACGAUGUCUAUGCUGCAUCUAAAUUUGCUGUUGAGGGGUUUUGUGAAAGUCUUGCUGUGCAGCUGCUGAAGUUUAACAUCACUGUGUCGCUGAUCGAGCCUGGUCCUGUCCACACUGACUUUGAGCUGAAAAUGACUGAGCAUGUCUCUCAGAAAGACUACCCUGGACUAGACGCUGAGACGCUGCACUACUUUAAGAACUUUUAUCUUCCUGGAUCCAUGAACAUCUUUCAAACAUUUGGGCAAACACCCCAGCAGAUUGCCAUGAUCACGAAGCAGGUGAUUGAGACGCGGCGUCCUCGUUUGCGUACCCUAACCAACCCUCUGUUCACUCCACUGGUGGCGCUGAAGAUGGCUGACGAGAGCGGAGACUUGUCCGUGCGCUCACUUUAUCACCUGCUCUUUAACCUGGGCGGAGUCAUGAAGAUCAGCAUGAACACACUCAAGUGCCUCACCUGUGCAUGUUUACAGAGUAGAACCGUCUCUCCUGACUAA